AAUCGAACCUGGGCCCUUCAGUCCCCCAGGCGGUGCUCUAACCACUGAGCAACCGGCCAGGGCAGCCCCCAGAGAGUUUCAGGUGAUCUGGGAACAUGAAACUAGGUACGUGGCAGAGUGGCACCGCCAGGGGGCGUUGGUGAUGGACUGCUGCUGUGUUGGGAAACAGGAUUUUUGGGACAUCCCUGUUGUGAUAAACCUCUAGCAAAAAGGAACUAUCAAUAGAGCAAGCAUGCUAAUAUUGAAUAAGGCAGCAGGAGUUUUUUCUAAACCAUCAAAAAGGAAAAUUUAUGAGUAUUUAAGAAGUUCCAAUUUUCAUCCUGGGAAAGCAUUUCUGCACAAAGUCGUGUUGGGAAUUGAGACCAGUUGUGACGAUACGGCAGCUGCUGUGGUGGAUGAAGCUGGGAAUGUUUUGGGAGAAGCAAUACAUUCCCAGACUGAAGUUCACUUAAAAACGGGCGGUAUCAUUCCACCAGUAGCUCAGCAGCUUCACAGAGAAAACAUCCAGCGGAUAGUGCAAGAAGCGCUGUCGGCCAGUCGAGUCCCUCCGAGCGAACUCUCCGCCGUGGCCACCACCACCAUGCCCGGCCUCGCCCUGAGCCUGGGCGUGGGCCUGUCCUUCAGCCUGCAGCUGGUCGGCCAGCUGAAGAAGCCCUUCAUCCCCAUCCACCACAUGGAAGCUCACGCGCUCACCAUCAGGCUGACCAAUGAAGUGGCAUUUCCCUUUCUCGUUCUCUUGAUUUCUGGAGGCCACUGUCUGUUGGCCUUAGUCAGAGGAGUUGCAGAUUUCCUGCUUCUCGGAAAGUCUCUGGACAUAGCGCCGGGGGACAUGCUUGACAAGGUGGCAAGAAGGCUGGCUUUAACAAAACACCCGGAGUGCGCCACCAUGAGUGGUGGGAAGGCCAUCGAGCAUCUGGCGAAACAAGGAAAUAGACUGCGUUUUGACCUCACACCUCCCAUGCAUCGGGCUAAAAACUGUGAUUUUUCUUUCACUGGACUUCAACAUGCUGUCGAUAAGAUAAUAACACAAAAGGAAAAAGAGGAAGGCGUGGAGCAGGGGCAGGUCCUGGCCUCUGCUGCGGACAUCGCGGCCGCUGUGCAGCACACCACCGCCUGCCACCUCGCCAAGCGCACGCACCGCGCCCUGCUGUUCUGCCAGCAGCGAGGCCUGCUGCCUCCGCACAACGCCGCCCUGGUUGUGUCUGGAGGAGUUGCCAGCAACUUCUACAUCCGAAAAGCUCUGGAACUUGUAACAAACGCCACCCAGUGCGCUCUGCUGUGUCCUCCUCCCAGACUGUGCACGGACAACGGCGUGAUGAUCGCGUGGAACGGGAUUGAAAGACUGCGUGCUGGCGUGGGCAUCUUAUACGACACAGAAGGCGUCCGCUACGAACCGAAAUGUCCUCUGGGGGUGGAUAUAUCCAAAGAAGUUGGAGAAGCCGCCAUAAAAGUCCCACAAUUAAAAAUGAAGAUCUGAGCCCGGCCGGCGUGGCUCAGUGGUUGGGGUCGACCUAUGAGCCAGGAGAUCCU